AUGCUUGAUACUCGCAUCCGUCUACGCAAAAUCGAUUACAUUUCCAGUUCUUUGUCUCGGUCUGAAGACCAAAUUGACAAAAACCUAUUGCUGCAGCAGCUCUCCGAUGCCUUGGUUCUUCCACGCAGUUCGUUGCUUCGCCUGGUGGGCCUUUUAUUAGCUCACCUUGCACAUUCGGAUCGCGUAAUGACUACUCUGGGUCCGGCUCUGGCACCCCUGCUUUCAUUAGCCAGGCACGAUUAUGGCUUGUCUAUUGUACUAGAGUACGUUUAUUUCGUUGUUAUAGCAAUCAGCUUUACAUUCCCAUGA